UUUGAUAGUAGAUCUUCAGUAAGUUUCGUCAAACAUGACCAGGGAAUCUGUGUGAAAGUUAAAGCACGUGUGGUUGUUUACAGAAGUCUUAAAGUUAUUGACAAGCGUUCGCCUUCCCUCCGAUGUUUCCUAUUGACGAAUAAUUAAUCACCGGACUUUCUUUUGUGUGUAAAACGCCGAGUUAAUAUUGGAAGUUGGAUUACCAUCCUCAUUUUCCACAUCGUGUUCCAUUUAACGAUAAAAUUAUGAACCACUUUUGAUAGAAGUUUUUACCUUUCGCAAUCAAAAGAGUUUACUUUUAAAUUACGGCCCUACAGACAAUGGAGUAACAUUAAAAAAUGGUAACUAUGGAGGUCACAACCCGCAUCAAAGCCACCCAAUCGUCGACUUCAUUGUCACUGACUCUUUACACUAACGACGUGACGCAAAACUUUACAACUGUCAUGGCGGACGAUCGGACUCGAAUGGAUAAUCCGUGUGAGACCGCCAACACCACCGGAUGUCGACAAGAGGGAAUGGGAAUCAAUCUCUCCACCCCGAUUAUCAUGUUUGCGACGGGAAUUCUGGGAAAUAUAUUAGCCCUACUCGUGUUGUAUACCUCUCGGAAAGAGGCCAAGAAGACAGUCUUUUAUACGUUACUCGCCGGACUAGCGUGGACGGAUUUGAUUGGUCAACUUAUGACGUCACCAAUCGCUAUUAUUGUGUACGCUAAUAAUCUAAAAUGGGUCGGAGGAAAGCCCGUUUGUCAAUACCAUGCCUUUGCAAUGAUUCUGUUUGGCGGGUUAACUCCCCUGCUCGUGUGUGCUAUGUCAAUUGAGCGAUUGCUGGCCUUAAGAUUUGGAUAUUUUCAUGCAAGAGUCGUCACUAAGAAAAAGGCCUUCGUUGCGAUAGCAGUGUGUUGGGGGAUUGUGAUGUUUUACUGCACUUGGCCCUUUGUUGGAUUAGGAAGCUAUGAAAUUCAAUUUCCGGGAUCCUGGUGCUUUUUAAACUUUCACAAAGAAAGUGUCAGCGAUAUUAUAUACGCUUCAAUAUUCGCAGCAACCAAUAUCUUCAUUAUUCUGUUAAAUCUUGGAUGUAACAUCGCUGUUGUUGUGACUUUACUGCAAAUGAGACGUAAAAGGAUAUCGAACAAUUCACCAUAUUGUCAUAGACGACACGGGACGAAUCAGAGUAAAUCAAAGUCUAUCAAGAGAGAAGCAGAGACCCAGAUGGUGAUAUUCCUCUGUGCAAUCACGGCGGUUUUCACCACGUGCUGGCUCCCAAUUAACAUAAACAUCAUUAUAAAUCAGGUAACAGGUGUUACAAAUCGGAAGGCAGAUCUUCUGGGUGUCCGGUUUGCUGGAAUAAACCAGAUUCUGGAUCCUUGGUUGUAUGUUCUGCUACGCAAGGCCCUGAUUUUAAAAAUCGUGAAGUAUUUGCAUUGGAAAAUAUGCAAGCGCUCGAAAAUUGACGGCGGUGGGAGGAGAACUUUUCACUCUUACGAAAAUGUCCCCGUAGAUAGAGAACAUAUAUCACUGGGUCAACUCGACGACCUCCAAAUCAAAGUACUGUGUGUGACUGUGGACAAGCGUUCAGGUGAUCGCGGCCAAUAUAAAGACAACGAUAGUAGCGACGAAAGUAUGUCAAGUGUUUCGAAUUUAAUCGAACGCCAAAGGUUUGACAUGGGAUAUCAUUCCACUUCUUCAGAACUCCGCGAAAACGUAGAAAAAAACGGCCGUAGGCGACACAGCAAAACCAACAGUGACCACAGACUGAGCCGAUCUGCCAGGGACGGUGCGGGGAGGAAAGAGAUGCUUAAACGUAAUCACAGUUCUCCGGCUUUUAUGUUUGGACGGCGUCAAAACGGACAGACACCAAGCGAAGACAUGAGAAGCUUCAAGAAAGGAGAUAGUGAUAUUACAAUAUGAUGUACACGUGUAGUCCUGCUAUAAAUCAAAGCGAUCUUAUAGAAAUUCUUGAUAUUAAAUGUUGUUGUAGAUUUUGUAUGUGUCUGUAAAGGGUAACUGUCAUGGUUCACGGUGUGAAUUAAGACAGUUCAUCUUUAAAAUAUUUAAUUAUUUUUUAACAUUUUAUUUCAUCGAUAUUUACAUUUAUUCUUGUUAUAUUUUACAGACGUUUUCAUUAAAAAAAAAAAAUAA